AUGGCCAGCCUUAUCGAGGAUCCCUUUCCCAUCGAAGAAUUCGAGAAAAGGGCCGGGUUGAAUGGCCACCACAGACCAACAGAGAACUCAGAUGAGCGCUCUCAUGUGGGACGCAGUGGAGUUCAAGAUCGUCAGCCAACAGACACCCCCUUAGGUGACACGAGUCCCUUUACUCUUUUGAAGUGGCAGAGAGGUAAUACCCGCCAGCACGUACAUUUGAGAGUUAAUAAUAGUCGACUGGCAGGUGAGGAACCGCAGAUUACUCCAGCUGACUCUGUCGACGCGUUUGACAGCGAUGGCGGGUGGGAUUUGCGCAUCAUCACCGCUCCCAUGGAUGUCCCCAGCUGCCUGCCUGAAUAUAGGAAGUUGGUCGACCGAUACGAUAUACCUACUGCCUUUGUAUCUGAGAGACUUCGUGCUGUGACUCAUUCAUUUGGUAUUAGAAAGGGGAAGGACGGGUCCGAAACCGUGUGGAUCCAUUUCCUGGGGGUUUUCCCAUCAGAACCUGCGUCUUCAUGGGCCAAGUCAGGGCUGAUCUUGCACUGCUCUCCAGCAGGCACACUCUACAAUGGUGCAAGUGUGUCACCGCCAGAGCUUUCAUGGCGAGUUACCCUCAUCUGUUUCGGUCCGGUGGCAGGGUUCUGGAGAGCGAUUAAUCGCGUUUUCCACUCCGACAGUUGGGUCGACAUCCUCUACGAUCCAUAUCUGUUGAUUAGCAUGGCAUUCGAGUCUUGGUACGCGCUUACUGAUGAGAACGCAUGGCUUGUAAACGACUGGUCCCGUGAAACGGAAAAGGAUAUAUUCAACCACUCAGCACGGCUAGCUGACAGCAGCUUUCAUCAGCCUGUACUCGAUUACACUCGGAUCCACAGGUUCGCUAAGGACACCAUAUUCUUGAUAGAAGGGCUAGAAGCUGCUCUCCGGUCACUCGAACGCGCAAUACAGUGCCAUGCCGAUACUGGUAAAAAGAAUCCGGUCAUUUGGCAAGCCACUCACGAGGCAUUGCUUCAUCACCGGGAGAUGUUUCAUUCAACGAGGCUACGAACGCUGAGUGUGGAACACCGGCUGAAGAAUUUGAUCAAUCUGGCGUUCAAUAUUGGAAGCAUGCGCGACAGCCGGAUCAUGCAACAGGACAGCUACUUCAUGAGGACACUUUCUGUUCUCGCCAUGAUAUUUCUGCCCAUUUCGACAGUCAGCACAGUUUUUGGAACACAGUUCUUCAGCACCGACUCCUGUCUGGACCCUUCGACUGACCAUGAUGAGGUCACAUCUUCAUUUCACGUGAAUCAACGGUUCUGGUUACUGUGGGUGAUUGCCCUUCCAAUGACCUUUGGCCUUCUACUUGGAUGGAGACUUUGGAUCCGAAGAUCACGAAAGAAGGUGAACAUGGCCGCAGGCAUGCACAGUGACGAGGAGGCUAUCAAUGCUGGUGUGAUGGAGGUCCUGAAAUGA